GCCAGUGAAUCCAAAAUACCAAGAUGUCUCCGUCACUGAAGUUAUUAUUUUUGUGCUUUUUCGUUGGGAUUGUUUACGCCAUGGAGAAGCCAUGCUGUAUCAGUAAAAAAUGGUUUGGUAAAUUAAAGAUCACGACAGUACUUUUAAAAAACGGAAGCACUAUCCCGACCGUCUCAGACAAUCGUCUUAUGAUGGACUAUGACAUGGAUAUGAAAAUGGAAAGGAUUUAUGGUACUAUCCACUCCGACGGUCCCAUGGGAAUGACAGCCUCCAACUAUACCGUGUACAAUGACUUCAUGAAUGGUAAAAGAUAUAUAUUGAAUGAUAUGGGAAAUUAUUGCAAUAUAUCAAUGAUUCCUCCUGAAACUGAAAUGGACUCACACUGUGUACCAAGCACUCUACAAUGGGAUGCUAUGUACACAUAUGGAUCCGGUCCUGAGGCUCUACAUGUAAAUUCAUGGGAGGGCAUGUAUAACAACUUUUACUACAGUAUGCAAACUUCAGUCAACGAUUGCACACCUGUAUCUAUGACCCGUACUGGAAUGAAUCCAGAUGGUGAAAGAAUUGUAGAAACUGUGCUAUAUGUCGACAUUGUUCAGUAUCGUGUUAGCGAUGAUGAAUCAGUUGUAUUUAAAAUACCAGACUCUUGCAUGAUGACAUAUUUUAUAGAAUUGAGAAUGAGAGAUGACGUAUUAUUGCUUGUUUUGAAAGAAUACUAG